GGUAACGUGCUCGUCAUCCUAGCGGUAGUGAGAGAACGAGCAUUGCAGACUGUCACUAACUACUUUAUCGUCAGUUUGGCGGUCGCCGAUCUCCUCGUAGCAGUGCUUGUUAUGCCGUUCGCGGUCUACGUACUGGCGGCGCAAUUAUAUAGAAUUUCAUCGAGAGAGUAAUCGCUGGAGCUAUCAAGUAUUAAAGGGGUUGGUCCAUCUGGACGAGCGACAGCAUCAUAGUUAACGCGCGUCUGUCCAGCUUUCCAAAACGAUGUCUCAUGGGAAUCGAUACGCGGCCGUAACACCCAGCGACCAUCAUCAAAGGCAUCGCAUUUUGGAGGGCAAAGGGAAACCACUGAAACCAGCAGGUUGGUCACGGCCUGAGGGGACCGUCCGCCAGAUACGUCCAUUGUUUUCUCGUAUCAGCGUUAAAAAUAGCAUGUAACCAUCCCUACGUGAAUUUCCCUAUUCAACGGAAGCAACGAAACAAUAUUGAAAAGAGAAAAAGAGAUGGAAGAGAAAGGGUAAAAGAGAAAGAGAUAGAGAAGGAACGACUUCUAUAUCUUCGCCACCAACUCGUACACCUGUUGAUGGACGUUCCGCCUACAGGAUCAAAGGGAUUCUCCAUUGCCGUUGGCGAAAUAGGCUCCUGGGAGGACUUUCAACGAUACCCCGUUGAAUAGUAAGGCGACGUGUACUCCUUCUCUCAAAGGCCAGUCGCAUUACUUGAAAAUUCGAGCAACUGAGAAAUCUCGUUAGCGCUUGGCAAUGUGGAUGCCUCGCAGAACACUGACGAAAUAACAUCUCAGGAUUUAAAUAUCAGAGAGCCUCGGCGAUGUCGACAUGACUCUCGGGGUAUCUGAAUUUUGGAUUGGAUUGCUCAGGACAUGUCGAGUUUCCGGUACGACAGUGGUGAAUGGUUCUUGGAGUUUACCCGGGUUUGUUUGUGAUUUUUAUAUCGCAAUGGAUGUGACGUGCAGCACCAGCUCUAUAUUCAAUCUCGUGGCUAUUUCGAUAGACAGAUACAUAGCGGUGACCCAACCGAUAAAGUAUGCGAAGCACAAGAACAAUAGAAGAGUAUGGUUGACGAUACUGUUGGUCUGGGCGAUAUCGGCCGCGAUCGGCAGCCCGAUUGUCCUAGGCCUGAAUAAUACUCCCAAUCGGAUACCGGACCAAUGUCUGUUCUAUAAUACGGAUUUUAUCAUCUACUCGAGUCUGUCCAGCUUCUACAUACCCUGCAUCAUCAUGGUAUUCCUUUACUACAAUAUAUUCAAGGCUCUGCGAAACAGAGCAAGAAGAGCUCGUGCUACUAAAAAACCGAAUUUAGGCGAUAUAAAACCGGGGAGUAUCAUCGAGAAUAUCGCACACACGCGUAGUGGGUAUUCUGUGGCAAGGUUUGCGGAAACGGCGCUGGGGGCGGCCGCCCUGGUGGCACCUGGGAUCGAGGAACCGACGAACACCGCUUCCGGCAGCAACGAGGACGAGGAUGAGACGCCCCUCGAUCCCGUCGUCGUCAUCUCCAAUGACAAGAGCACGGAAUUCUUUUUAGCCACGGUCGUCGAGGAAGCAGCUUGUCGUUUUAGCGCGGUGGCACAGGCUCAGCUGACUGGGACACCACAUGUACAGCGGCAGGACUCCAGCGGAUACGACGUUGCAGCGAGUAGCACGAUGAUUCACGAGCCACUCGAGACAAAUUCAAGCCCAAGCCCGAAUCCGCGGAUUACUUCGGGCCCGCCGUCCUCGUCGACUUCGUCGUCUCCUCCACCGACACGAGGUCCGACCAGCGUAUCCUCUUCGACGCAAACGAAGAGGAACGGUAACAACGGUGGCGCGAACAAGCAGGAGCUGAAGCGGCUGAAGAGCGCUGGCUCGCUCCUACCGCUGCAGCUCGCGAGGACGCCUAGCGUACUGUCGUCCUCCUGCAAGAAGGAUCGCAAGAACGCAUCGGCCGGGUCGAGGUUCACAAUAUACAAGGCCAACAAGGCUAGUAAAAAGAAGAGGGAGAAAAGCUCAGCCAAGAAAGAGCGCAAGGCUACGAAAACUCUGGCGAUCGUGUUAGGUGUCUUUCUAAUAUGCUGGGUGCCAUUCUUCACUUGCAACAUCAUGGAUGCAAUCUGCACGAAGCUGACGAAGGCUUGUCAACCCGGUGUUACAGCCUUCAUCAUCACUUCCUGGUUGGGCUACAUGAACAGCUUUGUGAAUCCUGUAAUAUACACUGUGUUCAACCCCGAAUUCCGUAAGGCCUUCCGCAAGCUGAUCAGUAUAUAAGCGUGCAAUUCACCCACUUCUACCGCUGAAGAAGAAACACGGGACAGCAAACGUAACUCGGUGUAAAUUGUCGUAUUUGUGAUGUAACAACAAGACUGUAGGCACUCAGCAAACUUGCAACAGGUACUGUUGUUCUUGUAUUUGAAACCUCAGCUGCAUUUGCCUAUUGGUUUUCGCAUUCCGUCGCGUGUCAAUCGUUUUCCAAGCGAAUAAGGAAAGCCGAGUCUCACGAAACAUUUCCCAUUUUAAAACUCUUAGAAAAUACGAUUUGCGAAACAAAUAAUGUUAUUUCCAAUGAACGUCAUACAUGAUUUUUAUGCGUUCCAUAAAAAUAAUUUAUGAAGAUUACAAAAGUU